AUGCGAGGACCACGGCUCGACGCUUCCGGCCAAGGUCGAUCAAGUACCCGGGGCGUCCAUCUCCAGCACAUGGAUGCAACUGAUGCCACGAGAGAUGCACACAUUGCUGCAAGCAAGGCGUUUGUCCACGACCGAGAGAAUUGCGGUUCCGAAGUACCACAGACUCUGUUUCCCGAUCCUUCAGUCGGCACUAGGAUGCUGGCCAGCGAGUAUGGUGACUCCGGGUGCGAUGCACGCCCCUCUGCGCCACAGCGCGACCGUCGGCCACACACCGGCAGUAUUCGUUUUGUGCAGAAUGGCGGCCAGACAUCCAGCUCCGCACGGCGGGAGGCAACUCGUGCCGACACGCGGUUAACGCCAGGAGCAUACCAAACACCACUUAGAAACACGACCUCCUCUGAUAUUCACCCGUCGUCGCGGUUCCUCGCGGCCAGCGAGAGCAGCUACUCCCAGUAUACGUCUUCUCUACCCAGCACUCCUAUGAACAAGCAACAUAUCAACAAGACCUGGUCAUCCCCGCAGGCCCGAAACAAGGAAAAUUUCGGAGAUGCGGCAGCCAGUACGACCAUGGCAAGAAACACAAUCCACGUUGGCUCUGCUCCGCGCCGCACGAUCAUGACCCAAAGGCACUGGCCGCGCCAAUCAUCAAAGGGCAGCCUGCGUAACAAGGGUACCUCAGCGAGUGCCUUUGGUACUGCAUCGCUGCGAGUAGUCACAGAAGCGGCCAAGUCUACGACGUAUCCCUCUGGCCUGCCAGCAUAUUUUAAGGACGCGGUUACUACAGAAUACCUGGCUCAAGAGCACAAGCACGAGAGGUCAGGAGAGUAUAGUGCAACUCAGAGGCAGCCGCUUCUGGCAGUACCUUCCCUGCAGAAUACCCACAACCGGUGCAUUCAACAUCAACCGGAGACAGAUGUCAUCGUGGGGAGGGCAGCGAUACCUCCACCAUGUCCGACAAUAUCAAGAAGCUUCUUGCGGGCUCCCCGGAAGCGCAAUUUUUCAUUCUCUAGCAAUGGCGAGGACAAAUUCUCAGCAGUACCAUCCACUAUUAAUUCAUCUCACAAGGGCCUGUCUUUGCGCUCACCACGCACAGAACAAAGGGGCAUGCGCAAGUCGCUUCGGCAGAAUCAACCCCAGACAUCACGGCCAAGUAUAAUACCUGACCGACCACUACCCGAUAUUAGUGCCCAAGAAGGAAUCGAAGGGUUUGGAAACGAGUCCAGCAACACCGGAAGCCUGCGCCGAACAGCGAGAAGAGUGUCGAAAAGAGUUAAGAUGAGACUGAGAAGUUUCUGGAAUCACUCUAAAAGUGACUGUGUCUCAGAGCAGGUGCCAGACCAGCAUAUAGAAGCCCCUUUGCUCGGGGAAGCCUUCAGCGGGCAAGAAUUUAUGUCGGAACGUGCGAUGCGAUUGUCCUUUUCAAACGACUUGCAUACCAAUUCCGAGCACAACGGGUCCGGAACGAUCGUCCGCGGCGCAUACGGGGCCGGGCAGGCGGCGCAAAGCGAAGCGAGCGGUGAGACAUCCCGGUUCACGAGCUGGUCUAGCUCAGUGCGUCGGGUAUCGUCGACAGCAAGCAAUCGGCAACCAACGAGCGAAUUUGCGCCACGGCACUUGCCUGUGAUCACCGAAAGCAACGGCCAGACCGAAGUCCCAACGCCGAUUGCAGCCUCCGGAGUUGAAACGCACAACGGCAUACACCAUCCACCACAGACCCAACCAAUGAGCGCUGCACCACGGAAGUUGACUGACAGAGAUGCUGAGUUACUGGCGUCUGGGAUCCGUAUGCGGCGAGCAGCACAAGUCUCUCCCAGCUCCUCGUCGUCGUCGUCGUCGUCUUCGUCGUCACCUUCGCUCGCUGGCAGCGGCCGUGGAGCCACUCCCCGGCAGGCGAUUGCACCCGCUGCCCUUCGCCGCCUACAGGAGUUGAGCCUAAAUUUGCAAAAUGUCUGCCGCGAGGAGAGCAGAGAGACUACCGCGAAGGGCCAGACAAGCAGCAACGAUCCGUUUUAUGACGGAGACAAAGCCGAGAAUGUUUUGUUCGCCUUCCAGUCGGCCCCAACAACCCCUGCUGACCCAGGCCUCCCAGACCCCCAGAAAUUGUCCCCAGUGGCCGGUGGUCAGACAGCUGUGUCGCCGCAGUAUUUUUUCCGCGGGAAGAGUCCUUUCCAGCGCGCUCUCCGGGAGAGCAUGAAGACAUUUGAAAGCGAGACAUCGGCAUCCCGAGCCCAGAAGCGAGAUCAAAUCGAUGGCGGGUUUGGAAGCCCGGCUGGUCUUGGUCUCCCAGCUCUAGCGCGCGCAAAGAAGUUAAAGGAGGUAGAAGACGAUGCGCCACUUCUCCAGUCUGAUGGGUCCGGACAGUGGUCUCGUGUGCAAGCCUGGCAAGCCGGUCUGGUUCAUGACAGCUCGACAAGGUCAGACAGCGCGCACUCGCCACCAGGCAAGGGCCAAGAACACUUACCGACAACUGACAAUCCUGGCCUUCGCACUAUGACCUCACAAGGCCUCUGUGCAUCGACAGCUAGCUUGGGCUGCGGCACUGCACGGACGCCCGUUGCUCGAUCGGUGCAGUUGGACCGCCUACACCGAGACACCGUCGUAUCGCCGGAACAGCUGAGGGUCUGGAUGAACCAAAGCGUCGAUAUAGAGGAGAUGGGCAGCCCCUGGUCGAAGCCAACAACCGGCCACACUCGCGAAAAUGCCGAGCAUGCUGAACACGACGACAGUAUGGUUUAA